AUGCCACCAAUACGCUCUCAAAAAUCUCAAAAAUUGGUACAGCAAGAGGGGCCCCUCUUAUUAGCUAUCAAAGCUAUAAAGGAUGGUCAAUAUGCGUCUGCCGCUGCUGCUGCACGUGCUUUUAACGUGCCAGUUUCUACCUUGAAGCACAGGAUCAAAGGGCGACAAUUCUGGAAUGAAUCUCGCCCCUCCGGCCAUAAAUUUACAGUGUUGGAGGAAAAGUCCAUGGAAAAUUGGCUGCUGUCUAUGGACUCUCGAGGAGCGGCUCUCACGCAUGCUAUGUUGAGCGAUAUGGCCAAUUUGUUGCUCCGAUCGCGUGAACUGACACCCUCCGAUCCCGCUCCAAAAAGACAUGAAACUCUCUCGUCUCGCCUUUCUCGUAAAUACAACUAUGAGAGAGCCCUUUCUGAGGACCCGCGGGUGAUCGGAUCCUGGUUUUACCUUGUUGAAACCACAAUCCAAAAAUAUGGUAUUACAUCUGAUGAUAUCUAUAAUUUUGAUGAGUCUGGCUUUGCAAUGGGAAUCAAUUCGACUCAAAGAGUCAUCACCUCAGCUGAAUAUCAUGGUAGAAGAGGCGUUUUACAGCCUGGGAAUCGAGAAUGGGUCACUGUGAUUGAGUGUAUAGGUGCUAAAGGUGUUGCGCUUCCGCCAUAUCUCAUCUUCAAAGGAAAGGACUUUUUAGAGCGCUGGCUCUCAAAACCACCGCUUUGGAGUCUGAAUAAAAGCGUGAAUGGAUGGACAAGUGAUGAGAUUGGUAUCGAUUGGCUCAAAAAGCACUUUUUAUCCUAUCUUCCUAAACGGAAAGGGAAGUAUGUGUUGUUGAUAUUGGAUGGACAUUCAUCUCAUUUGACACCUACAUUCGACAAAAUAUGUGAAGAGAAUGACAUUAUCUCGCUUUGUAUGCCUGCUCAUGCCUCUCAUCUUCUGCAGCCUGUUGAUGUUGGGUGUUUCUCAGUCUUGAAAAGAGUAUAUAGAGCGCUUGUCAUGGAAGAGAUGCGUCUAAGACUUUCCUCUUAA